AUGCGUAGGUGUGUGUGCGUGUGUGUGCAUGGCACUGUGUGUCCACCCCACGCUACUUGUUCGUGGCCGUCUCUCCCGUGCUCCCUCUCCCCCGUAGAUCGUAUCUCUCUCCCCCUCUGUGUGUGUGUACGCGGAAGGAAGAGGCGGCGGACGCCUGUCGUUGCUGCGGAGGCGGGUCACCUGGACGGAUCACGUCGUACCCCUCCCCACCCCCUUACACACGCCUCCCCAACGCUCUCUUCACGCGGCCUACUUGCACCUUUUCUUUCACGCCUCGCCUCUCCAUCAUGCCCAUCUACUCUGAUGAUGCCCUCUGCUUGGUCGAAGGCCCGCGUACGCGUGCAUGUGUCUCACCUGUGCUAUGUCGUUUCACUACCUCGCCCCCCUCCUCCUCGUCCUCUCUCUGUGCCCGCCCGCACGCACGCACGCCCACGCAGCUGUUCUCCGCCCUUUCUUGUUUCCUGCUUCCCUUUUCACCGCAUGUUCAGCCUUGGCAGCUUCGGCGGUGCCGCUGGCAGUAGUGCACCUCCCCUAAUCGGUGCACCUGGCAGAGGUGGCGGUGUGCUGGGUACCCCCUCCAACGCCGCUUUCCACGCAGCCGGCGGGCCGGCGCUGAUGAGCGGGGUCGGCAGCAGUGGCGCCAACACUGGUGUACUUCACGACCGCUUCAAUGUUCACCCAGGAAGCUAUUCGCCGUUCGGAGGAAGCAGUCAGGCGGUACCGCCGCCGGAGCUUGGCGGUGCAGUCGCUGUCAAGGUAGGUGAUGGCAAGAGCAACACCUCCAGCCAGGACGGCAAGGCUAACGUGAGCGGCCCGCAACGCGGCGUGCUGCCCAUGAGUGGGUCAGCUCUGCCGCUCUCCUCAAUGCCCGUCUUCGGCGCCGGCGCGUCACUCCCUUCUAAUUCGUCAGGCUCAUCUCCCAUGGUCGCUGCGCCUGCUACCACGAUGAUGCCGCUGCCGGUGUCGUUUGCCACGAUGCCGUUGUCGGCGGUUCCGGUCUUUGCGGCGCCAGUCCUUGCAUCGGCGCCACCGCAACCGUCGAUGUCCAUGUCGAGUGGCGGAGGCAUCUUGGGUGGCGGCGGCAGCGGUGCGCAAAGCGGUGCCAAGGGCAGCGCAGACAGUCAUCCCUCUCUGCCCGAACCUCACUCUUCACACCAGCGCAGCCAAGAGUCGCUGCCACCGCUGGGCUUCACCUCCGCCCUCUCCUCCACACCCGCACCAACAACAUCGUUCGUGGAUCGUAGCAGUGCCGGCGCUGGAAUCGGCCCGCGGCCCUUUCCGGUUUUCCAUGACCCUGCAAGUACGGCGCGCAACAGUGACAACAAGAGUCACACAAGUGGAAGCUUGUUGGCCACGGUUGCCCCAGUCCUGCCGUCCACAGCUCCACAGCGCACACCAGGCGCCAGCGACGCUAAAGAGUUCAUCCUUGGCUCGGCCUUCGCAGCUGGCGCCACCACUGGCAAAGGCGGCAACACUGCCGGUGGCCCUCCGCCACUUUCGCCGACCUCUUCCGUUUUCGGCACGUCCGUGCCGAGUGUCAGCGCGCCCACAGCGCCCCUAUCCAGCGGCGUUGCGACUCCACCUUUCCCCGCAGCGGCGGCGGGGCCUACUUCGGUCCCUUCUGCAGCGGUUCCGCCGUCGAGUGUCUUUGGCGUGUCCGUGUUCGGUAAGACUUCCGCUGCAGCGGUGACGGCACCGUCUGCUAUCACACCAGCUGCGUCCCCUCCUCCGGCGCCGGCGAAGACUGCUGCGACCGGCGCGAACAGGAGCGGCAGCGUCUUCGGCGAGCUUCACAGCAGCUUUGGCGCGCCACUGCCAGCGACGGCGGCGCCGAUCUUCUCCGCCUUUGGAGCGGCGUCGCCAGUAGCCUCGGGAUCGACACUGUCUGCCACUCCGUUAAGGCAGCAAGCGGCACCGCGCGGCGGCAGCAACGUGCCCGCGAGCUUCCAUGCAAGCCCGUUUUCCCCAUCAUCGCCCUCAGCCGGUGCGACGCCCAAACCGGCUACCACCACAUCCAUCUUUGGCUCUGCAGCCUCUGGAUCAGGUUCUGGGGUUGGCAGUGGCUCAGUGUUUACGGCAGCAGCAGCCGCUCCUGUGCGGGCGCCCGCGUCUUCCUUUGGCGCUUCCGCUGCCCCUGGGAAAGUGCCGCCGCCAGCGCCAUCCAAGCCAUUUGGCAGCCGUGCAGAUGGUGGUGGUGGUGAUGCUGCUGCUAGGCGACGCCGAGGCCGCUCCAUACCUCGGAGAGAUGCCGCUGAAGGUGACGGUAGCGGCAUUGGCGGUCCUGCUCGUCCCCACCCGAGUAGCCUCGCGGCGACCGCUUCGCCGCCGGCGCAAGGCUCCCGCUUUGAGAUACCAGCACCGCCCCAUGGACAACGCCGGCCGACGCCGUCAGCAACGCACACGCAGAAGCCGCCAACGGCCCUGUCGCAGCUGGACAAGCUCCCCAUUCCACCACUGCCAGCAGAUGAGAAGAAGCUGUGCAUCGCCGCCCGUCUGUGCAAGUCGUUCCUCAUGCAACUUGCCUCCGCGGCGGCGUUGGGGGGCCACGGUAGUGGCGCCGUGGGCUCUAGCAGGGAAGAGGACGUCGCCAAGACCCUCGAGCAAGCCUUUUUCGGCGUUGUCGGCAUCGAGGGCGUGCACGGAAACUUCGGCAAUACCGCUGGCGAGAUGCUCGCCCUCUGGAACGGGCAGGUGAGGCCGAUGAUAUCUGGCCGCGGCACCCAAAGCUCUGACGGCGGCGGCUCCGCCUUUCCGGGCGAGAUGUGGAUCGCGCUCUUCAUCCUCGGUACGUACCUGAACACCAUUCUGUCCACGUUGCAGCACAGCAAAUCGGGCCGAUGCGCGGCGUCCUCCUCGGCGUCCGCCUCCGUGACGGAUUUGGCAGCCUACAAGGCAGGCCUGCGAGCCCACCCCACCGAGGCGCUCACCGACGCCUGCCACUACGCCAACGAGCUCAGCGAGCUGCUGCAGACGCUUUUCCAGCGCGGUGGCGAGGCCGAUGCCCCGCCGUACAGUGUCAUCCCGGUGGUGCUGCGGCGGGUGCGCAGCGUCUUUGAUGAGGCGAACGCGCGCGGCGUCGCAACGGUGCAGUCGAACCUGAACACGGUCACGUCGAAACUGUUUGCUGUUCUCAACAGGCGCGUAAAGACGUCGGCGGUGCAGCCGCUUGGCUCGCCUGGCGAGGCGCCACGUUGGCUGCUGACGUACGACGGCAAGGAAAAGGAGAGUCUCCUGCACAGCUUUGCCUAUCUCAUCAUCGAGAUGAUCGCCGCAGAUGCCCCGACGAACGACGACGUAGAGCUCUUCAUCUCGGCGUUUCACGAGUGCUUCCCAUCAGCGCUGGCGGAGCGUUGCAUGCUGUACUACCGGCGCGCCUGCGCACUCCUCCGGCAGCCGCUCCGCAUGUCGCUCGUCGAGGAGGCGGCUGAGCUGUUGGUAAAGGCGACUGUCGUGUACCCACCCAACGCCCCACUGAACAACAGGCGUGUGUUGCUGGUGAAGUUGCUGGCAGCGGAGCUGGCGCUGGGGCGGCUGCCGCCGGACGAAGAUUGGCUCGCCCUCGACGUUCCGCCGUUCAUCGAUGUUGUGAAUGCGCUCAAGACGUCGCGUCUGGACCUCCUCGACGCGGCGCUCUCGAUGCAUGGGCCAUUCUUUGUGGAAAUUGGCGUGCACAACGUCCUGUGUCUGGCGCGCCAGCGACUUGCACUCCUGAUGGUGGUGAAGUUCUACCUGACUCACGGGUGCGAGAGUCGUCUAAGCGUGUCGGAGAUGGUGCGGUACCACCGCCUCCCCUACUCGGCGGUGGAUGCGGGGGUCGUGUGGCUGCUGCCGCUGCUCGUAGAGAAGCAGAUAAACGGUGUGCUGGACCACGACUACCUGAUUCUAAGCGCCAAGACGCCGUUCGACGCCUACCCGCUCAAGACGCUCGCCGACGCUGCGGCCGCCGCAUGA